AUGAAUCUACUAGAAGACGAUACUUAUACUUUUGACCAACUAGGUAUGCAGGGUAACAAGGCAUACGAGAAGUUCAUAGAUUUUGCUAAUGAACCAGUAGUGUUCUCUGAUACUGCCAUUAAAAUCAACAUGUGGGGUAUUAAGCAGGAAAGAAUCUUGCUUAUGACUACCAAGAACAUAUUCAAUUUUUAAGAGAAAGAGCAUGAAGAGGAAGAUUGCGAUCGAGAAAAUAGGAGCAAUUAUUAUUUCAACAAAAUAACUCUAAAGAACUUGUCCUCCAUGUUCCUUCUGAGUAUGACUACAGGUACCAGAUUAAUGAUAGAGAAGUUUUCAUUAAGCUCCUCAAGAGAGAAUUUGUCAAGAAACGUCCGAAUGGCCAUCUCAGAUAUUAUGUAGUAAAAGGAAGUUUGAAAGAAGUCACAACCACAGAAAAAGAUGCAAAGUAUAAAAUUUCCAGGUUGCCUUCCAGUGAGCUAAGGCUCUUGGACCAGGAAGUGUAUGGUCCUGAGUACCAGCAAGAAGAAUCCAAAACUCCAACCGAAUCUACAGUGGCCGCUACUUCCUUUGAUACUAAGCUGAAAGCUGUUGAAUCGAGGAAGCAGGAUGCUUCUCUGGAAGAUACAGAUGAAGAGCCUGAUGCCGAUUUCGAUACAAGGAAUUCAGUCUGAGUAUUUUCACACAAAGAGGAGGAGGAAAAAGUUACGCUCAGUGAUUUUGAAGUCAAAGGAGUUAUUGGUCGAGGUACCUUUGGAAAAGUCUUUCUUGUCCGACUCAAAACAACAGAUACUCUCUACGCCAUAAAAUCCUUGAGAAAAGAUGUUUUAGUUGAAGCAGGCCAGAUAGAGAAUGUAAAACUUGAAAAAGAAAUCUUGCUUGCUUGCAACCACCCCUUCCUGGCAGGAAUGGAAUAUGUAUUCCAAAACGAUACAAGACUUUAUUUCGUCAUUGAAUUCCUGAAAGGUGGGGAAUUAUAUAAACAUUUUCUCAAAAAGAGAAGAUUUGAAGAAGAUGAAGCUAAAUUCUAUGCUACUCAAAUCGCAAUGGCAAUCGGCCACCUGCACAAGCAAAAUAUAUUACAUCGGGAUUUAAAGCUUGAGAACAUCAUGAUAAAUGGCGACGGAUACAUCAAAGUCAUUGAUUUUGGUCUUGCCAAAAUCAUCGAUGAUGAUAACCUUGCCAUGUCCUUUUGAGGAACCCCAGAGUAUCUUGCACCUGAGAUGGUGAAACAGGAGGGUCAUGACAGAGGAGUAGAUUGGUGGUCCCUUGGCAUCCUUAUCUAUGAAAUGACAAUCGGAGUGACCCCAUUCUUCUCCAAGAGCAGACUUACCCUAAUCAACAACAUUAAGAAAGAAGAUGUCAUCUUCCCUGAUGUUGUAUUGAAACUACUCAAUAAAGAUAGCAAGAAAAGGCUAGGCUCAGACGGAGAUAUUGACGAGGUUUUAGAGCAUCCUUACUUCCAGAGUCUCGACUUAGAAGCCCUUGUUAAUAAAGAAAUCAAGCCACCAUACAUCCCUGAAUUUACUGGGAAGGAUGAUCUAGGAUCGUAUAUCAAACUCAAGAGUGGGAGUAAGGAUGUGAAUGACACAAUGAUCCCUUCGAGCAAAAUGAGGAAGAUCAAAAAGCAUGAGACUGAUUUCAAAAACUUCUAA